AUUCCCACGACCGCAAUUCGUAAAAAGGGCAGGCGCGAUCGCAGUCUUGGCACCCUCAUAGCAAACAACAAGACCUGGCGCACCCCGCCACUCACAAACACUCCCCCUUUCAGUUCUACUGCGACCUUCAAUCUCUUCCUCCAGUUGCGGCACUCUCCUCUUCUUAUUGUUUCGUCACCCUACCCGGAGUCCUGUCUCCAUUUCACUCCUUAGGCUCCCCAGUAUCUUUCUUCGGCCGCGCCCACCUUCAUUCCUCAGACCAUAAGCCACAAAGUUUCCGCUCACUGUACACCGCCGGACCUUUCAGUUGCGUGCGUGGACCGGUCUUUUGCCAUUCACUAUCAACCCCAGUUACCUUGGCGUGUUGGUAAGCACCCAAGGCAGGAACCAUGAAAUACCUCUCUGUGGCCCUCGCCACGGCCGCUGCGACGGCCCUGGCGAAGCCCCAUGGACAUGCGCAUGCGCACCGCCAUGCAGCCGUUGCUAAGCGCGCGGCUACGGCAGUCUACAUUCCUGGCCCCGUCGAAACGGUCGUUGUUUACGAGCUCAACGGUCACUCAAUCAGCGAAGAGGAUGUGCGCAACGGAAUCGCGAAUGGUACCCUCACCUGGGGUGAGGACGGCACUCUCUCAUCGUCUGCCGCUGUCACACCAACAUCAGCCCCACCGGCGAAAUCCCAGCCUGUGGACAUCAGCAAUGUUGCGCAGGACCCUGAGCCCGUCGAACAGUCGGAACCGGAACUUCCUGCCUCAACCUCAGAACCUACGGAGCAGCCAGCUGAAUACAACGAGGCGCCCGACCCGUCGUCAUACCGUCCAGUUGGCGAGGAUGGCAGCUGUUCCGACUGCGACAAGCCGUUCCCCAACCGCAAAUUCAAAUGCAGCGAGUUUCCUGCUGGUUACGGCGCGUUCCAUCUCGGCAACGAAGGCCUUGGUGGCUGGUCUGGUAUCCAAGCUCCUGCGAAGCGCGAUGUGGCUGGCUACCACGAUAUCAUGACUGUCCCAACAGGUUCCUGCCCCGAUGGCGGAUGUUGCUCGCCCGGUCGAUUCUGCUCUUACGCUUGUCCGAACCCUUAUCUCAAGAUGUCGUUCCCGAAGAUGCAGGGCGCAAAGAAAGAGUCGGUCGGUGGGCUCUUCUGCAACAGCGAUGGCAUGCUAGAGAUGGCUGAUGGCUCCCUCUCCAAGACUCUUUGCGGCAGGGGCUCUAGUCGUGUCAGAGUCAUGAUUCAGAGCAAGCUUUCCAAGCCAGUCUCCCUUUGUCGGACUGAUUACCCUGGAACUGAGAGUGAGACUCUCCCUCUUAUCGUCAAUCCUGGAGAGACCAAAGAGCUUGCCAAUCCGGAUCAGAAGUCGUACUAUUUCUGGGACAACAAGCCUACGUCUGCCCAGUAUUAUGUCAACAACCAGGGUGUAUCAGAGGCUCAAGCUUGCACGUGGGGCAAUGGCCAAGGUGACACAGGCAAUUGGGCUCCUGUGAACAUCGGGACUUCUUUCGACGACAUUCUUUCGAAUAUGGGCUACACUGGCCUUAUGCAAAAUAAGCCAACCAACCCUGGCGCGAAGCUCAACUUUGUGAUUCGAUUCACGGGUGACGGUGUCAGCAACCCUUGUUCCUACAAGAACGGGCAGUACUACAAUUCGUACGGCGGGGGCAAUCCCGAUGGCUGCACAGCAAGCGUUGCGGACGGUAAAACACUCACGAUCGUGUUCAGCAAUAACUAGCCGCGGCUCGAAUCGUAGCGUUUCUGGGCGAUUUCCUUUCUACAGUGUUUCUUUC